GGCAAAAGCCUGUUUUCUUUGCUCCGGCGGCCCCUCGAUACCGUCGAAGCCUGAGGGGGCUGUCAAGUCAAGUAGUUGAGGCGUUGAGCUACCCAACGGGACCGUUUUAAUUCAGUAAACAAGAAACCAGCGUCUUCUCCCACAUUUAUGAAACCCAUCUAGUAUUUAAUAUUUGAAGUUUCUUUGUAGAAUUGCGCUUCCAUCAAUCUCCCAUCCGCAUACAGAUCUCUGAGUACUUGUACUUCUAGUUCUGUGAUCAAUUAUCACUCUCGCCAAUGGCGGGCUUUUUCUCUGUUCUCAGGCGCCUCUAUCUCUCCGUUUAUAACUGGACCGUUUUCUUUGGAUGGGUUCAAGUUCUGUAUCUAGUUCUGAAGACAUUGAAGGAAUCAGGUCAUGAGCAUGUUUACGAUACGGCUGAAAAGCCUUUGCUUUUUGCUCAAACUGCUGCUGUGCUAGAGAUUCUUCAUGGUUUAAUAGGGCUGGUGCGUUCUCCCGUUUCAGCAACCUUGCCACAGAUAGGUUCAAGAUUGUACCUUGCUUGGGGGAUCUUAUAUAGUUUCCCUGAGACUCGAAAUCAUGUUCUGGUUACCUCCCUGUUAAUCAGCUGGUCUCUGACAGAGAUAAUCCGUUAUUCUUUCUUUGGCAUGAAAGAAGCAUUUGGUUUUGCCCCUUCAUGGCUACUGUGGCUCAGAUACAGCACCUUCCUAUUGCUGUACCCCACCGGCAUCAGCAGUGAAGUUGGUCUAAUAUACGUUGCCUUGCCAUUUAUUAAGAAUUCUGACAAGUUUUGCGUGAGGAUGCCCAACAAAUGGAACUUCUCUUUUGAUUACUUCUAUGCUGCAAUUCUUGCAUUAGGAAUCUACGUUCCAGGUAGUCCUCACAUGUAUAGAUACAUGCUUGCGCAGAGGAAGAAAGCUCUCUCAAAGUCAAAAAGGGAAUAAAUCAACAGUGUCAAGUCUUUAUCGGUCACUGGCCAAGCAUGGCAGUGCCUUCAUUUGUGUUCAACUACAUUUCCAGAGAAUGUAUGAUCUUCUUGAUAAUCCAUGUAGUUUAUUGAAAGUUCAACAUAGGAGAAAAAAUAUUGGAUCAUUGUGUUUUCAGUCAUUUAGUGCGGACAGUAUUUUCGAGAGGAAAUUAUGGGAAAUCACAGAAGCUUAACUCCACUUACGGAGAGACCACUGCAUUUUAUAGUUUGUUAGAUUGUAUUUGAUGGUUUUUAAAAAUGCAAAA